CAGUACAAUGGCCAAUAAUGAUUGCAGACUAUAUAAACCUAAGCCCACCAUGUUACGCCGUCAUUUAACCAUCGUUUUUCAGUCAGUUUCCAUAUAAUUUGUUCACGAUGCUUGGGAUUUUCAGUAUUUCAUUACUUUUCACUAUUUUUCAGGCUGCAACGUCGCAAAUACCAGAGCACUGCAGGAGACCUCCAGCUGGAGUGCAGGUCAAACCUGGCGAUUGCUGCAAAAUACCACCUAUGUUCACUGAAAAGGACUUCAAGGAAUGUGGUAUUAAAAACCCAAGACAAGAACAUAGAGGACCACCAGAUUGUUCUAAACAAAUAUGCCUGAUGAAGAGGUAUAACCUUAUGAAGGAUGAUGAAAAUUUCGAUGCGGAGGCCGUGGCUGGACUCCUCAACAAAUUCGCUGGCGACAAUCCUGAAUUUAAGGAUGCAAUGCAAACAUCCAAGGAAAAAUGCUUGUCUGGUAAUCUGCCUGGACCACCCCAUAUCUGCGAGCCUACUAGGCUUGCCUUCUGCAUCAUGCUGACGACUUUCCAUGAAUGUCCAACCUGGGAGAACAGCGACAACUGCAAGAAACUUAAAGACCACAUGGACGAGUGCAAGGCUUAUUUUCCUAAAUGAGAAGUGCUCUUACAUAUUCGAUUAAAGUUUAAGGCUUAGUCCGCACAGUAAUUUUUACUCACGCGAUCAUUAUAUUCGCGCGAUUUAUUUUCCGCGUGCGGAAUUUCACGUGCCCACAAUGCGAAUGCGGCGAGCACCACACAACUCCAUACGGCACAAAAUAUUCGCGCGAAUUUAAUUAGCGCGUGUUUGUAUCAAUUCACAGAUUUCUCCCCGCGCGAAAUUUUAUCGGGCAAUCCAUAUCCAUAAUAUGAUUGCCAGUGUUACAGAAUUGCGAAAAAAAAAUCGCGUGAUUUUUAUUCGCUGUGCGGGCUAGCUGGUAUGAAGAUGAUACCAACGCAACGUAUACGAGUGUUAUAUUAUGUAAAUAAUAAAAUUAUAGUAUUCUAUUUUCUACACUUCA